UUAAACUCAUGUAAAACUUUGGCUGAACAACUUUCACUUAUACUGACGUAAUAUUUGACCAGGGGUGGACAACUAAGGAGACAGUAAAUCAUGAUUGAUUCCUCACGUUGUCGCUGUUGGGCCUUCUCUGUAAGUAGGAUACAAAUUUAAAGUGAAGGUUUGUUUAGGUUUAUCAAUAAAAGUUUCAAGCUGUCUUUGAUGGAGGUAUAAAAAGAAAGGUGGUAUCAGAAGGCUGUGGUGAAGGUAGAGGAAGGACACAGUAAAUUACACAUGUGUAUGAAUGAAUCUAUAUAAAGGCAGCGUGUAUGUGAGUGUUGAAUUCUCCGGUGGUGAGGUAAGUCCGUGAUGACAGAGGGAUCUGUCAGGAAUGACCUCCUCCACUCUCGAGACCAUGUUGGAGCACGUCCGCCAUGGAAGAAACACCUCACUGUCAGCUACACACACACACACACACACACACACACACACACACACACACACACACACAGAUGCAGGGACACACAUACUUUGUUUACCAUUUCCCUUCUGUACUGCUGUUCGCUCAUACAUCGGAUCAUAAAGAAUGAGAGCUGCAGGGAGUGAGCGAAGCUCCGCAGAAAGGUUGCAGCUUUUGUCAGUAAACUGGGUCAGGCGGUAGAUCCAGCCUUGGGCCGAUUUCUCAUUUUGCACUUCAGUUCAAUAAUUUAGUCAUUUAUGUAACAUUAAUAUAUGAUUGCUAUCAGUUUCAUAAGUGCAGCUCAAUCAGAUACAGUUUCGACUUUGGUGUAUUCUCAGCAUGACUCUUCUAACUCAUUCUGCUGCCGAGUUCCUCCCCUUCAGGCUGACUCAUGCAAGUUGGAAUCUUUAUAUUUGCCAUGUGCUCAAUCAUCCAGGCAGUCGCAGAUACAUCAAAACCUAGUGUGGUAACGUGCGCAAUACUUGUCACAAUAGAUACAGGCUCAGGUUAAGUACUGUGUGAGCCUAAAUCAGGGUUUAACCCCGCACCCUCAGGGUCCCCAAAGGCCCCCAAAAGCUGUCUGUGUUACAAGCUAACUGUCAUACAGCUAUCCCGAGGAAGAGCCCUGCUCUGGGAAUACUGCUUGGUUUCUGGGACAAAAUGUUUGCAUGAGGGCCGGAUGGGGCCCGCAGCUCACUUUGGCUCAGGGACCCUCUUUGCAGGCAAAUCUGGCCCCAGCCCCACCAUUUUAAGGACGGAAGUCCCGGACUCUAGUUCUGGAAUCUAGAUUAUAGCCACUGAUCAUACUGAAAAUAAAAAUGUGGUUUAAGGGAUGUUUCUCCUCAUAAUGACCAUCAAGCACCACAAAGAUAUCAAAUCAACAAAAUCUCCUUCAUCAUACUAUUAUACAGUCCGCGACUCUACGAUGAAAAAGCGUUGCAAAGUGUUGCGCAACUUCUUAUGAUAUGAAAGCAAAGACAUGCACACUGAAUUUCGAUUGGUUUCCCCUCAGCUACAACCGUAUUGUAUUGGUUGGUUUGCUGGAAACAUUCUUAGUGCCUGCUCUGACAUGCGGGCGCACCAGCAGUGUCAGUCCAGUCGUGCGCUCUCGCCGGAGAGGCGUUCUGUUGGGAAGUUUCUGUAGUGAGUCAACACGGCACAGUGAGGACGCCACCCUUGCCCUGCCGCUGGAUCCAAAUGCUGGGCUUCUCUGUUGUCCUCCGAGGGCGCAGGACACAAAGACAACUUCACUUCGACCUCUUCACAACGACUGGGGAUUCCGUUUUCAGCCUUCGCGCAGCGGGGAUGGUUAUUGUCUCUUUGACGCGGCUUUUUCCUCUUUGGAAUUAACGCAGCGGAGGAGAAAUGAAAGUGACGGUGUGUUUCGGGAGGACCCGGGUGGUCGUUCCGUGUGGAGAUGGGAAUAUAAAAGUCCACAGCCUUAUCGAACAAGCGGCCAUGAGGUAUAAGAAGGCGAUCGCAAAGGACCCCAGCUACUGGGUCCAGGUCCACCGGUUGGAACAUGGAGAUGGAGGCAUACUGGACCUGGAUGACAUGCUGUGCGAUGUGGUAGAUGACAAAGAUAGGCUGGUAGCAGUAUAUGAAGAGCAGGAUCCUCACAAUGGAGGUGACGGUACCAGUGCCAGCUCCACAGGUACGCAGAGUCCCGAACCCUUCGCCAGUGAUAUGAGUUCGGCAUCAGCCUUCCAGCCCUACCAGGUCAACAGUGAGAUUGAGGUCACUCCGUCUGCUCUGCGAUCCAACAUGCCUCUCCGUGUCCGUCGCAGCAGUGAUCCAUCCCUGGCCGACCUUCCUCCGGGCGAAGUCACAGAGGAACCGUCCAGAAAGAACCCAACUCGCUGGUCCACAACUGCUGGCUUCCAAAAGUACAACCACAAACCAAACGCAAGCACUGACACCGGCAGCCUGGAACGAAAGGGUAGAGGAGGCCAUGCCUAUCGGAGUCUUCCUCGUGAUGCGAGUGGCUGGACCACUCAGUUCCAGAGAGAGAUGGCUCGAUCUUCCCUCAGCGCCAACCAUCCAAUGGUGGACCAAUGGCUUGACCGACAGGAACAGGAGCAGGAGGAAGAAGACGGAAGGAAGCAAGAAAGGAGGAUUGAACGGAUCGAGCCAGUGGGGAGGGCCGAUUCCUCAUUGGAACAUUCACCUGUGUUAAGCCUAGAAGGCAUGCUAAAGCCGGUCGAGGUGUCCAAUGAAGGAGGGCCCCUGGGGAUCCACGUACUGCCUUUCAGUUCGCAGGAUGUCAGGACUCAGGGCUUGCUAGUGAAGCGUCUGGAGCGUGCAGGCAAAGCCGAGCAGGAGCAUCUCUUCCAGGAGAACGACUGUAUUGUCAAAAUUAAUCAAGGAGACAUUCGCAACCUGCGCUUCGAACAAGCCCAGAACAUUUUCAGGCAGGCGAUGCGUUGUCCGGUCAUCCUCUUCCACGUGGUCCCCGCCGCCAUGAAGAGGCAGUACGAGUUGCUUUUGGCCCAGACCGAGCUCAGCCCGCCCCAGUCCAACAGAGUCCGCUUUAGACAAGACUCUCAGCAGCUGGGGGACAGGUCCAGUCUGGUGGGGGGGCUGAUGUCCAGAUCUGGACCACAGCCAGGCCUCAAUCACAACCACCAGGGACCCCUAGCAGGAAGCACCCCAGAGCCAAACCAACGGUACGCCACGUUACCCCACUCCUUGGUCUCCAGAACCUCCUCAGUCCCCUCCCCCUCCCUGCAGCGCAGGAUUAGCACAAACCCGUCCAGCAGCUCCUACCUAAAGAACAAAGGCCGCAGAUUCAACAUCCAGUUGAAGAAAGGUCCAGAGGGUCUUGGGUUCAGCAUCACAUCCAGAGACGUCCCCAUUGGUGGCAGUGCUCCCAUUUAUGUCAAAAACAUCCUUCCUCGAGGGGCCGCCAUCCAAGAUGGCCGAUUGAAAGCUGGAGACCGGCUGCUGGAGGUUAGUGGAGUGGACCUGAAUGGUAAGAGCCAGGAAGAGGUGGUGGCCCUGCUCCGAGCCACACCCAUGGGUGGGACUGUGAACCUGUUGGUGAUUCGCCAAGAGGACUCCUUGCUGCCCCGAGAAGUGCAGCCAGAGGAAGAUGACAUGGUGUUAACCCCCGAUGGUACACAAGAGUUCAUGACCUUUGAGAUCCCUCUGAGUGACUCAGGCUCAGCAGGCCUGGGGGUCAGCGUCAAAGGUAACCGGUCCAAGGAGAACCACGCCGACUUGGGCAUCUUUGUAAAGUCCAUUAUCAAUGGAGGUGCUGCUAGUAAGGAUGGGCGCCUACGAGUCAAUGACCAACUCAUCGCAGUCAACGGGGAGUCGUUGCAUGGGAUGACCAACCAGGACGCAAUGGAAACACUGCGCAAAUCCAUGUCUGUAGAGGGCAACAAGCGAGGGAUGAUUCAGCUCAUCGUGGCCCGUCGGGUGUCCAAAAACAAUGAGGAAGCCCCUGGCAGCCCUCCGGUUUUAGAGCGUCCCGUGAAUUCUCUACUGGACAACCAUGAGCGCCGGAUUUCCCACUCCCUUUAUGAAACCAUCGAAGGCUUGGACAACAUCUCCACACCGCUGACUAAUAUGAUCGGACGCACUGGUAACUACCAGCUCUCUCCGACUGUGAACAUGCCUCAGGAUGACAUAGUGAUGAUCGAAGACGAUAGGCCGCCCCUGCUUCCUGCCCACCUUUCCGACCAGUCAUCCUCCAGUUCCCACGAUGACAUGGGCUUUGUGGGAGAGAACCCGGUGCCCUGGAUCCAUGAGCUGCCCGGUCAGAAUGAAUGUUCGCUCAGUCCAGAUGCAGACCCUGAUGGUUCGUUUCAGAGGGAAGGCUUCGGCCGCCAGAGUAUGUCAGAAAAACGCACCAAACAGUAUGAAAAUCCUGCUGAGCUGGAGAUCAUCAAGACACGCAAGUCCAAGAGCAUGGAUCUAGUAGCAGAUGAAAUUAACUUCAGCACAAGAACCAAUGGAGGUUCCGCAGAACAAGAGGUCGGACCCUCGCUGGGCCUGAAAAAGUCCAGCUCCCUUGAAAGUCUCCAGACAGCUGUUGCCGAGGCAACGCUGAACGGUGAGAUGAACGUUCACAGGCCGCGCUCACGAAUCGUCAGGGGCCGCGGCUGCAAUGAGAGCUUCCGAGCAGCAAUUGACAAAUCAUACGAGAAACCUGGUGUCACAACGGCAGAAGAAGAGAACAGCAUGGAGACAUUGGACGAGGACACAGAGGGAAGUUCCAGAUCAGGUCGUGAGUCAAUGUCCACCAGCGGCGACCUCAAUGUGGGCCCCGGGCUGAACGGCAACCUCUCCAAAGAUGACAGACAGAAAGAUCGGGACAAGGUUGGGGGGAAGGAGAAGAAGAAACCUGAAAGGGAUAAAGAGAGGGAGAAAGACAAGGACAAGAACAAAGCCAAGAAAGGCGUGCUGAAGGGCCUGGGCGAGAUGUUCAGGUUUGGAAAGCACCGGAGGGAUGAGCGGCCAGGAGACAGGAUGGAGAGGAAGGGCUCCAGUAAAUCUAAAGCCGAGGACAUGCAGGCGUCAGAAGAGGAGACCCUGCGGAUGAGACUGGAACAAGAGAGAAUACAGGCCAAGACACGGGAGUUUCGGGAGAGGCAGGCAAAGGAGAGGGAAUAUGCCGAGAUCCAAGAUGUUGUCAGCCACACCUUCAGCUCAGAUGAGGAGCACACGUACGCUGGCAUCGGAUCAUUAGACUCGUCGGUGGAUAGCAGUAGUAUGGAGCCUUACAACCACCACUACCAUCUCCCUCAGAGUCCCCAGAGCCCUCAUCUUCCCUUGAGCCUUCAGGAAAACGGUCCACCCCUGGAGGCUCUGUAUGCCCAGGUCAACAAGCCGCGCAAUGGACGCCCUGUAGCUCCAGACAGUCAGAUGGCUCCCAGUAACCACGACCGGAUACAAAGGCUGAGGAACGAGUUCCAGCAGGCCAAGCAGGAGGAGGACGUUGACGACCAUCGGCACACCUACAACUUCAACCAGUCCUGGGUGAGCAAUGGGACAGAGACACCGAGCGGACGCCAUUCAGUAACAGUUGAGACUCAGGUCCAGAAACAGCAGCAAGAUGACAGAGAUGGUUUCCAACAAGCACAGAGACAGUACAGCUCCCUGCCACGGCAACCUCGUAAGAACCCCAGCACAGUGUCCCAGGACUCAUGGGACAAGGUGUACAUGUCAUCAGAGGGAUUCCAGACAUCCAAGGAGAACCCUCGCUACUCCGGCAGCCAGGGAUCACGUAACGGCUACCUGGGAACAUCCAGCUUCAAUGCCCGUGUCCUCUUAGAGACUCAGGAGCUGCUGAGGCAGGAGCAGAGACGUAGAGAGCAGGAGGCCAACAAGGCCAGGCCACCUCCUGCACAGGAAACCCCCAGCGGCAGCACCUACGACCACAACAGAGACCACACUCAGGCCCCAGGCUCUGCCCCGAUGCAGGCCCCACCUCAGUCCAAGGGCCCCUACAGACAAGACGUACCCCCGUCACCUUCUCAGCUUGCCAAGCUCAGCAGGCUUCAGGGUUCAGAGAAAGGGAGGCUGUUUUACUCCUGAGAAAGUGACAAGGAACCGGAAAAAUGGAACUUUUGGGAGAUUAGCAAAAAUACAAAGAGGGCAAUGAGUCUGUUUUUUAUAAAAUGCUGAGGUACAAAGAUUUUUAUGGGACUGUUGAUAGAAAAUGUUAAUAUUUAAAAAAAAGAUUUUUAAUGACAUGAACCAUUAUAAUUUGUAGUUGUAUCAAAAAGAAACGAUUUGAGAUGUUUUACUGUCCAGCGUCGUGAUCAUCUAACUAUGUGUAUAAGUGCCUUUUUCUUGUCCAUUGAUUGUUCACCUUUUGUAGGCAUCAGCCCCCUUUUUUUUUUUUUUUGGCUCAUGAUCUGCAGCUUUGGCCCUUCCAUCUGAUACAUUCAGUAGGGCAGACUGCAUCGCCAGAUCUGACAGCAGUCUGACCUAAACUUCAUAUCCCCAAGCACAAGACACGGCCCAGGCAUGUUUUUGUACCACUCAGGUGCUGGCUCUGCUCGAUACCACGCUUGUGUGAAUGAGGCUUAUUUUUGCUGUUCAUGGGGACUUUGUUGAGCACUACGUGUUUUUGUGAGUGUGUACAUUGUGCUUGUGUGCACAUAUGUGUGUGUGUAUGUGUGUGUGUGUGAGAGUGAUGGCAGGAGUUGGCAUGUAGUGACAGUGUCACAGAGUGUUGAGGUUAAGCAGCUUGUGUGAACUGUAAAGUCAGAGCUUUGGGCUUGACCGCUCAUCCCUCACUCCGCCCCCCAGUUCAGGGAAUUGUCCCCUUUGGUUUCAGAUACAACACUUACCCAGAGUGUGUAUCCUCCUUCCAACCCCGUCUUGUAUUCAAUAUGAUAAUUCUGAAUUUUCUCUUCCUCUGCUGGCUGCUUUAUCUUCGUUUUUCGUUUCACUCUCAGUGGAGGAAAACAGCUUUAGAUCUCCUUUAUUCCUACCCUGUCCCGCCCACCCAGGGAAUCCAGCAGUAUAAAUGGGGUCAGGUCUGGGUUAUUAAUUAAUGUACCUCAUUAAAAAUGAAUGGGCCCCUUUGUGUGUGUGUUUAUGUUGUCGUGUGACGAGAAGGAAGAGAUAGCAACCUUGCCGGCGUGGCUCUGGCCCCAGCCUUGCCUGGAAUUAUGUGGCUGUAACCGAAGCUCGUUGGCCCCUAGGUGUCUGAGUUGCUCCUCGCUGAAUAUUUCAUCAGGGUGGUUACAUGGGAAACCACAUCGGCCCUACAAUGGGUGGCCUCAGUGUAGGACUGCCUAUCCAUUGACCCAAUACAAUAGAGCUGAUUUUGUUUUCCGUUCAUGAUUAUGUCCAUUGGUAGAAAACCAGUUGGGAGCUUUUCCAUUGUUCAAUCAAUAAUUUGUGGUGCAUUUUUCAAAGUGUGUGUGAGAGUGUAUCUGUAUGGCCCUGUAUGUGUGUUCUUGUAUUUCCAUCCCUGUAAGUUUUUCUUGAAAGGCAAAGGUGAGAAAUAAUUUUGGGUUGCAGUAAAAAUUAGGUUUAGGUUUAGUUUAGGUUAAAAUGUGUUUAUUGAUCGGAGGAGGUUUAGAAAUGACAUUGACUUCUUGUUUAUUUGAUCAGAUUUUAGGGCUGUUUUGCCCUUCAGUCCAUUUACAUGCACUCAAGAAACCAGGUUAUUUAGAUGAAACAAGGUGGAGAAUGCAGUAGCUGUAGUAACUUCAUUAGUGGAAAUCUGCAUAUACAUGCAGAAGAUCAGUAAUCAGAUUUUUCCCGUACCCCAACAGGGUCCUGGGUCCUGGGUUUAGGAUUAAGACUAGAAUUAGAAUUAAAAUCAAAUUCAUGGUUUCUAUUAGGCAUGCAAUGGUUAGAGAAGGUUAGGAGUAGGAUCUAUAGAAUUAUUGCAGUUGAGGUUCUAUGGUCCACACACAUACACGGUUAUUGUAAAAGACAGUACUAGUAUGUUUGUUUAUCUUCAAGUUUUCCAGUGUGCAUGUGUGUGUGUGUGUGUGUGUGUGUGUGUGUGUAGGUGGACAUGUGUUUAAGUGUCUGUGAAUGCUGCCAGUUACUGGAUGCUCCAAUAUGUCUAUGAAUAUGUUUUGGCAACCAUAUGAACCACUUGGCUGCUGAGUAGGCGAAGAGCAGAGGAGUAGGAGGGAGAGAAGAUGGGAGGCCUGACCUUGCAGAUGAUUCAGUCAAUGGAGUAAUCACACGUAUUCCUCUGAGUCUGCAGUACAAACAGGAGGUUACCAACAAGCCUGCGCUCACUUUUGCUGUCUCUUCUUCUUCUUCUUCUUCUUCUUCUCUUCAUUUAUCUCCUUUGUCAGUUUCACGUGUUUGUUUUUUUUCUGGUUUGUAUGGGUGACAGUGGCUGUGCGUAUGUGUGGUAGUGGGCUUCAGCUCUGACACAGCACCUGUUUUAACUGAUGUUUCCAUGUAUUAUGCGUCUCAUCAUGAACUGGGGAGGGGUUCAAGUGCCUGCAAUAUCUUAACAAGUUUUUUUUUCUCCUCAUAUGCAAAUUUGAUAAUAUCCCAUAAUGCACAUUUAUUAUUUGUGUUGUGUAAUUAAUGUUUGUGCACCGCCUCUGUGACACAUGGAUUCUUCCCAUGAAGCUAUUGUUUUGGGGGAUUUUUUUUUUAUCCUGGGAGAAAUGAGAAAUAUAUUGUUAUUGUUUCAUUGUGUUUUUAUGACCAUCCCUCAUUGUGUUUUAUUAUCCACAAUAUGGUACUGUGGUGGUAAAAAAUGACUAAUAUGUAAGCACAGUGCAAUUUUCCCUUUUACAACAGUGUAUCAUUAAGAACUGUUUCUGCCGUUCUCUGUACAUACAAUAUAAACUUUUUUUCAGUGAAUAAAUUGAGGGUACAUUCAAA